AUGACAAGUUUUGUAAGACAUUUUUACACUAAACAAACUACAAUUUUGAAACUACUGAAAUCUAGUUUCUUACAAGAAAUAUCUAUUAGUUCAAGAUCAUAUACAUCUGCCUUGUAUGUUCCUGGUAAAUUAGCUUACAAGUCAUUUGCAUUUUUGUCACCAGACCUAGAUUUCGCUCAUCGUUUUGAUGACUUACAAAAAUUACAAAAAGAACUCAAUUCCAGAGGUUUAGAUAUUGAUACUAAAGCUUUAAAAGAUACUUGGGAUUAUUAUCAAUAUGUAUUGUCCAAUAAAAGCAUUUUAGAGGAGAAACUAAAUAAACUUAGUAGUCAAAUCAAAAAUAUCCAAAUGAAAGGUAAUUUAACUCCUGAAUGUGAAAAGGAAAUACAAGUUUUAAUAAUGCAGUGUAAAAUGAUUAAACAAAACUUAAAAACGAUAAAGGAAGCUAACUGGGUACUCGAAGAAACUUUUGUACCUCAACUUUUAAAAUUACCAAAUGAAAUCAAUGAGUGUACACCACUGGAUGCUCCUGUAGUAUUAAAAAGUGUGGGUGAAAAGCCUAAUAUUCCUGACCAUAAAAAGAAAAAUCACUUAGAAAUUGGCAAAAGUUUGAAUCUACUGGAUUACAGGAAUCCAAUUCAAUGUUAUUUAUGCAAUGAUGCAGUGUCUUUUGAACUUGGCAUCAUCAGGUACGCAUGUAAGACAAUGAGUGAAGGUGGAGUGAUACAAGUUGCAGGUCCUGACUUCAGUCGUAGCCUUGUUGUAGAAGGCUGUGGUCUAGACCAUGAAAAUCCAACAGAUACAUUUAUUUUGCAAAGUGCAGAUGACACUGAGAAAGAUCAUGUAUUAAAUAGAUUACAUUUAGUAGGUGGUGCCAGUCUUCCUGCUCUACUUGCAAUUUUCACAAAACAGGUUGUCAAAACAAAAUUUUUACCUAUCAAAAUUUUCACCAGUGGAAGGCAAUACAUACCGUUCCCUAAUACUCCAGCUAACUAUGGAUUAUUUGCAGUAUGUCAAGCAUCAGCAGUGCAAGCUUUGACAUUACUAAAAGACAAUGACAGUGAAGGCUACAAAAAUGAAUUUCAAAAUUUAGUAGAUUUGACCUCCAGAAUAUAUGAUACCAUUGGCUGUCACUAUCGUUUAGUACUCAGAUCUGCUAAAGAACUAAAUCUAUCAGACGGCAUGAGGGUAUCUUUCGAGAUGUGGUCGGCAUAUUCAAACCAGUAUAUAGAAGUAGGAAACGUCUCUGCGUGCGGAGACUACUUCAGCAAGAGAUUAUUAAUUGGAUCUCAAUCAUCGAACAGAUGCAAAUACACAUCUGUGAUCACUGGAACCUUAAUAUCAGUACCAAAGCUGUUAGGCUGUCUACUCGAGCAGAACCCAGAAAAAUUUGUCCUUCCUGAUAAACUAAAAGAUUUUGCUAUCUGAACAUUAUAAAGUGCAUCGACACGAAUGUAAAUAUAUUUUUGUUUGUUACAAAUAAAUAUUAA